AUGGCAUUCUUCCUUUCAAAAAUGCAAUCCGCGAUUCAUCAUUCCAUUAUCAGACCCAGAGGUUUACUCAGCCAGCGAUUUACAUGUUCUGUAGUGGGGACCUCAGAAAGUUAUGAUGCAAUCGUUAGUUCCAUUUCUGACUCAUUAAGCAAAGGCCUGAAUUGGGAAUCACUGUCCCAAAAGUUCAUCCCUGUUCAGUUGACCGAGUCGUUGGUCCAAAAGGUACUUCUCCAUCUAAAGGAACCCAUAAAAGCAAAGCAAGCUUUAAAAUUUUUCCAUUGGUCAGCCCAUCACACUAAGUCGCGGCAUGGAAUUUCCUCUUAUUGCCUUGCAAUCCACAUUUUUGCCAAAGCUAAGCUUGUAAAAGAUGCCAAGGCAUUGAUUGAAUCAAUUUUAGCUGAGCCCUGUGAGGUGGCUACAGUUUCUGGGAUGGAUUCUAAAGUGUUGUGUGUUUUGGACUCACUGAUUCAGUCUUAUGAAAUUGUGGAUUCGGGACCUUUGUCUUUUGAUUUGUUUAUGCAAACUUGUGCCAGAUUGAAAAUGAUUGAUAAUAUCCUUGAUGCUUGUAAAAUACUGGAUGAACAUGGGUUUGGAUUAAGUGUUAUUAGUUAUAAUACUUUACUUCAUGUAAUGCAAAAAUCCGAAAAGACUUAUUUGGUGUGGAGUUUGUAUGAGCAUAUGAUAGAGAAAAGAAUGUUCCCAAAUGAGGUGACAUAUAGGAUAAUGGUUAGUACUUUGGGUAAAGAAGGGAGGUUACAGUGGUGUUUGAACAUCUUGGAAAGGAUUAAUGGAAAGAGAUGUACCUUGCCUGGAGUGGUAGUGAAUACUUAUUUGGUGCUUGGCAUGAUUGAGGAGGGUAGGAGUGAAGAUGGCCUACUGUUAUUGAAGUGGAUGAUGCUAAAGAAUAUGAUUCUUGACACUGUUUCGUUUUCCUUGUGCGUGGUUGCUAAAGUGAGGAUGGGUGACUUGGAUGAUGCUUGGGAAGUUUAUGAGGAAAUGCGUAGAAGAGGUUUUGAGGGGAACUCUUUCGUGAAUACUUCAUUUAUUCGGGCUUAUUGUAAGCAAGGGAGAAUUAAGGAAGCAAUUGAGUUGGUGCAAGAGAUGGACAAUUUGGAGGUAAAACCCUAUGAUGAGACUUUUAAUCAUUUAAUUGAAGGUUGUGCAAGAGCAGGAUAUUGGGAGGAAAGCUUGAAAUUUUGCGAGAGAAUGAUCAAGGUGGGACUUGUGCCCAGUUCUUUGGCAUUUAAUGAGAUGGCAGAAAAGCUUUGCUCACAUGGGGAGACGAGGCGGGCUGAUGAAAUUUUGACCAUGUUAUUGGAGAAGGGGUUUGUUCCAGACGAGGAUACCUAUUCUCAUCUGGCUGAGGGCUAUCUGAGACUGGGUAAUGUGGAAUCCAUUUUGAAACUGUACUACGAGAUGGAACAUAGAUCAAUUGUCCCAAGUCCGUUAUUCUUUACCUGCCUGAUUACUUGUCUUUGCCAGAAUGGGCGAGUAAAAGAAGCAGAGGAAUAUCUAAUUCCGUUCAAAGCAAAUUCACUUGCUCUGCCAUUACAUGUGUAUGAGAUGUUGAUUGCCAGCUAUCUUGAGAAAGGUGAGAAUGCCGUGGCACAGCAGCUAAGUGAGGAAAUGGUCAGAAACAGCUUGAGGGAUGGCUUGUAA